ACACACACACACACACGCACGCAUAAAAACCUUCGCUAAACACUGCUGAUGUGUGUGUGAAGAGCUGCAGGAUUAUCAAUGAUGACGAGUCUCCAUCAGGAUCAUCAGACGCUCAGACACAGAAAACUCACUGCUGCUGAUGAUGAUGAUGGUGGUGAUGAAGGGAGGAGUGUGGUGAAGCUGCAGAGUAAAUGGAACACCGUCCAUCUGUCUGGGGUGUGUGUGUUGUUGACUGUCUCCCUUAUUAAGUUGCUGGAUGCCUGCCACUCCUCCUCCUCUUCCUCCUCCUCCUCCUCUUCCUCCUCCUCCUCCUGGGUUGUGCUCAGCUCUGAAUCCUCCAUCUGGGACUGGUGGUCAGUGUGUGUUGUGCUGUCCUUCACUGUCCUGCAGGUGGCGCUCUAUUAUCUACCUGUCGGACCGGAGACAGAAGGGAAGAUCGGCCCCAACGGAAAACCAUUAAUAUACAAACUCAACGGUCUGUAUGCGUUCUCCGUGACCCUCCUGCUGCUGCUGGGUGUGUGGUUCUGUGGUGUUCUGCGGGCCGCCGCCGUCAGCGAGCGCAUCUUCUCUCUGAUCAGCGCUGGAGCCGCCGUCGCUCUGAUGCUCAGCCUGAUGCUGUUCCUGAGCCCUGCGCGCACACACUCCUGCACACACGUACACUACGACCACACAGCGAAGCCGCUGCUGCAGUUUGUUCUGGGCCAGAAAAUGGAUCCUCGUCUCGGCCUCAUCGACGUCAAACACUUUGUGAUGGUCAGGAUUGGGUUCAUCGGCUGGGCAGUGAUGGAUGUGCUGUAUCUGCUGUCAGCUGUAGAGAUGGAGGGAUCUGUUUCUCUCUCUCUGCUGCUCGUUGUUGUUUUUCAGCUCAUCUACAUUCUGGACUUCCUCAUCGACGAGGGAUCAGUGUUGACCACUAAAGAGUUCACAGAGGAGCCCAUCGGCUUCAUCAUGAUUCUGGGCGAGUUCAUCUGGAUCCCGUUCUUCUCCAAUCUUCCUGUUUACUUCCUGCUUCAGAGGCCCAAUCACAUCCACUUCCUGUCUGCCGUGCCCAUCUGUCUGCUGUUUGGUGUUGGCUUCCUGAUUUAUUACCUGUCCAACGAGCAGAAAGAUGGUUUCCGCAAAAAUCCAGAUGAUCCGGCAUAUGCUGGUCUGAGCACAAUCCGCAGCCCGUCAGGAAAGAGUCUCCUGGUGUCGGGAUGGUUCGGAUGGGUUCGACACCCUAACUAUCUAGGAGAUGUGAUGAUGAUGUUGGCCUGGUGUCUGCCCUGCGGCUUCACCAGUCUUUUGCCGUAUUUGCCGGCACUGCAGUGUUUUCAUUUACUGAGGCAACGAGCCAAUGAGAUUGAAGAAUCCUGUAUGAAGAAGCAUGGAAACGCCUGGCAGGAAUACUGUCGCCGAGUGCCGCAUAAACUGCUGCCUUAUAUAUACUGAACUCUCUGAUGAUGUCACAGGAUAGUGCUGUAGAACAUCUACAAUUUUAUUAAAUCCAUACUUAAUAUACUGAUGAUCUGCUAUUGUUGCUCUAAAAUGGUCAUGGCUUUUCUGGUUUAAACCCUUCAGACUUUCAGAAAAAAAUGUGAAAGUAUAUUUCCCCUGUACUUAAAGCUUAUAUUAGACCAAAUAAAAAGAAUAAAGAGGAGGCAUGGUGGUUCAGUGGUUAGCACUGUGGCCUCACAGCAAGGUCACUGGUUCGAGUCCUGGCUGGGUCAGUGUGUGUUUCUGUGUGGAGUUUGCAUGUUCUCCCCAUGUUGGCGUGGGUUUCCUCCGGGUGCUCCGGUUUCCCCCACAGUCCAAACACAUGCGCUAUAGGGGAAUUGAUCAACUAAAUUAGCCGUAGUGUAUGAGUGUGUGAGUGAAUGAGUGUGUAUGGGUGUUUCCCAGUACUGGGUUGCAGCUAAAAAGGCAUCCACUUUGUAAAACUUAUGCUGGAAUAGUUGGUGGUUCAUUCCACUGUGGUGACCCUGAUAAAUAAGGGACUAGGCUGAGAAGAAUGAAUGAAUGAAUGAAUAGAAAAUAAUAAAAAAAGUUACUAACCUUUAAUUAAAUGCACACCAGGUCAAAACAGCUGCACUUCAAAAACAAUAUACCAACACGAAAUUAAUAAUACAAUUAUACAAACGAUUGAUCUUUACCUGAAGUUUCUUCUGAAGGUUACAAACUUGAAUAACAUUU